GGAAUUGGUAGGAGUGCGGAGAGCAAGUUCAAGAUGCUUCGUAGCACCCAUGUCUCGUGGGGAGCUGUGAACUCGACACUCUCGUGGGUGGCCAAGGUGGCGAGCGGGAAGACGGCCCAGGUCGGCGGGAUCACUGCCGUGUCGGCCGGCAUGGCUCGUGCGAUGACCAUGGGCAUGAGCAAGGCUAGCGGGCAGAUGAUCAACUCGCUCAUGGGCAGUCGCAAUUACUUUGUGCUGGCAGAGACGGCCGAGGAGCGGACAAACCAGAACACCCACGCCAACCUGGUCCGCCUGGCCUCGGCGUACCGGACGUGUGGCCACGCGGCAGCCAGGCUCGACCCGCUCGGCCUCUCGGUCGUGCCGCGGGAGGACAUUCCGGAGCUGGAUCCAGCUCACUACGGGCUUGAAGUUGAGGGCGCGGCUGGCGAGCAGGUUGUGUCGACUCUCGGCCUUGUGUUCAUGCCCGAUGGCGCGGGAGGCUUCAAGAGCGAGGCGACGGUCAAGGACGUGGUGGCCCAUCUGCAGGCCGCGUUUACCGGCGACAUUGGCGCCGAGCUCCACGUGCCGGACGCGGUGGAGCGGCGGUGGCUGACCGAGCGUGUCGAGGCGAUGGCCGGUGGGACGCAACCUGCGGCGCUGGUCGACGCUUCCAAGCGGACGGAGCUCGCCAAGCUCCUUGUGGAGUCUGAGGGCUUUGAUAACUUUAUGCAGAAGAAGUUUGCCUUUGUGAAGCGGUACGGGCUGGAGGGCGCCGAGGCCAUGCUCGUGGCGCUGGAGGGCAUGUUUGAGGCGUCGACGGCCAACUCGAUCUCGGACAUGACCAUUGUCAUGCCGCACCGCGGGCGGCUCAACUUUCUGACCGGCCUUCUCAAGACCGAUCCGGCGCUCAUCUUUGGCAAGCUCAAGGGCAAGUCUGAGAUUCCCGAGGGCAUCCGGGGCUCGGGCGAUGUGCUGUCGCACCUCGCGGUCUCGACGGACCUGCCGUACGCCGGCGGGGCGCGGGUCGAGUCGGGCUCGGAGCUCCACGUCUCGCUCAUCCACAACCCGUCGCAUCUCGAGCACGCCAACCCUGUGGCGCUAGGCAAGGUCCGUUCGCGGCAGCGCGAGCUCGGCCCGUCGGCCAUGUGCCUUAUGCUGCACGGCGAUGCGGCGUUUGCCGGUCAGGGCGUGAUCCAGGAGUCGUUUAUGAUGUCGUCACUGCCGUCGUACUCGACGGCCGGCACCGUCCACCUCAUCGUCAACAACCAGCUCGGCUUUACGGCGUCACACGCCGACUACCGGUCGUCACGGUACUCGUCCGAUGUGGGCAAGGUUGUCUGCACGCCUGUCCUCCACGUCAACGGCGAGAAUCCCGAGGCUGUGUACGCGGCGUCGCAGCUGGCGGUCGACUUCCGCGCCAAGUUCCACCGCGACAUCAUUGUCGACAUGGUGGCGUACCGCCGGCGCGGGCACAACGAGCUCGACGAGCCGGCGUUCACGCAGCCGCUCAUGUACGAGGCCAUCCGCAAGCGCGAAUCGCUGCCCAAGAUGUACUCUGCAAAGCUCGCCGACGAGGGCGUGGCUGAUCCCGAGAUCAUCACGGCCUCAGCCGCCGCCGCAGAGGCCAAGCUCGAGGAGCGGCUCGCCGCCGCCGAGUCGCCCGACUACACUCCGCCCGCCAACCACCUGGGCGGCAAAUGGGCCGAGUUCAAGCAGACCGACGACGCGACGGUGCCGGUGGAGACUGGCGUCUCACUCGAGACGCUCCGCGCGAUCGGUAAGGCCUCGGUCUCGCCGCGGAUGAAGAAGCUCGAUGCCGGCGAUGGCCUCGACUGGGCGACGGCCGAGUCGCUCGCGUGGGGCUCGCUCCUCGCUGACGGCUACGAUGUUCGCAUCUCCGGACAGGACGUCGGCCGCGGCACGUUCUCGCACCGGCACGUGUACCUCUACGACCAGGGCUCGUCGUCGCGGGUUGUCCCGCUCAACGAUAUCGGCGUCGACGGACAGGGCACGCUCCACAUUGCCAACUCGUCGCUCUCCGAGAUGGCGGUGCUGGGCUUUGAGUACGGCUUUGCCAUGGACGACCCCAAGACGCUGGUCAUGUGGGAGGCGCAGUUUGGCGACUUUGCCAACGGCGCGCAGACCAUCUUUGACCAGUUCAUCGCCUCGGGCGAGCAAAAGUGGCUCCGGCAGAACGGGCUCGUCACCAUGCUGCCGCACGGCUUUGACGGCGCCGGCCCCGAGCACUCGUCGGCCCGCAUUGAGCGCUUCCUCCAGCUCUGCGACGGCGACAUCAAGUGCACGUCCAAGGACCCCAACAUGUUUGUCAUCAACCCGACGACGCCUGCCAACUACUUCCACGCCCUUCGCCGACAGAUGGUCCGCGACUUCCGCAAGCCGCUCAUCAUCAUCUCGCCGAAGACCCUCCUCCGCCUCCGCGAGUGCACCUCGUCGCUCACCGACAUGGCCGAGGGCACCGCCUUCCAGCCGGUCUUUGACGAUGUGUCUAUCGAGGACAAGGCCGCCGUCGACCGCGUCCUCCUCUGCUCCGGCAAGAUCUACUACGACCUCGUCAAGCGCCGCGACGAGGCCGGCCUCACUGACUCGACCGCCAUCAUCCGCCUCGAGGAGCUGCACCCGUUCCCGCUCGACGCCAUGGCCUCUAUCCUCGACUCCUACUCGCGCGCCGACAACUACGUCUGGGUCCAGGAGGAGCCGGCCAACAACGGUGCCUGGCGCUACGUCGACCCGCGCCUCCGCCAGAUCAUCUCCUCGCGCAAGCACCUCUCGUACGCCGGCCGCCCGCCGAUGGCCGCUGUCGCCGUCGCCCACGCCGCCACCCACAAGGCUGAGAUCGAGGCCUUUAUGUCCAAGGCCUUUGCCCUUUAG